AUAGGAGCAGGGAAAGGGGUCCCGGGACUAGGAAGAAACAGCGGCUGGGAGGGGGCUACUGGGACAUGGGGCUUCUGACCAUUCUGAAGAAGAUGAAGCAGAAAGAGCGAGAGCUGCGACUGCUAAUGCUGUAUCCUCCCCGGCGCCGGAGCCGCGAGGAGGGCACUGCGAUGAUGUCACCACCCUGCAGAGCCCGGGGACUUCUCCUUAACCUGCUGCGCCCCAGCGGCCUGGACAAUGCUGGCAAAACAACCAUCCUCAAGAAGUUCAACGGGGAAGACAUUGACACCAUCUCCCCGACGCUGGGCUUUAACAUCAAGACCCUGGAGCACCGAGGAUUCAAGCUGAACAUCUGGGAUGUGGGCGGCCAGAAGUCCCUGCGGUCCUACUGGCGGAACUACUUCGAGAGCACCGACGGCCUCAUCUGGGUGGUGGACAGCGCCGACCGCCAGCGCAUGCAGGACUGUCAGCGGGAGCUCCAGAGCCUGCUGGUGGAGGAGCGCCUGGCUGGUGCCACCCUCCUCAUCUUUGCCAACAAGCAGGACCUGCCCGGAGCACUGUCCUCUAAGGCGAUUCGCGAGGCCCUGGAGCUGGACUCCAUCCGCAGCCACCACUGGUGCAUCCAGGGCUGCAGUGCCGUCACCGGGGAGAACCUGUUGCCUGGCAUCGACUGGCUCCUGGAUGACAUCUCCAGCCGCAUCUUCAUGGCCGACUGAGCCACUCCAGAUGCCCCCUCACCUCACGGUCCAGGCGCCCCCACCAGGCCCUCGCCAGGCACCAUCCACGCGGGCAUGGGAGUCAGCCAGCCCCACUAACACCCCUGCCCCACUCCAUAACCUGCUGCUGCUACUGCUGCCCACUGCUGCUCCGGGGCCAGCCGGCUCCCGCCCUGGCUGUCACCCUGGCUCCUAACUUGGCCUGCGGCAGCAGCAACUAUACCAAGAAGAGAGGGCUGGGGCUGGGAGGGGGCUGCGUCUGCUGCUGUCAAGGCUGUGGGCCUCGUCUUUUGCUCAGCUGUGAGAAUAAAGUGUUCCUCGCCCCCA